AUGAAGGGGAAAGUCUGUGCUGUCACCGGCUGCAGCUCAGGUAUAGGAGAAGAGAUUGUGCUGCAGCUAGCAGCAUGGGGGGCCCGCGUGGCGCUGCUGUGCCGCAACGAAGCAGCAGGAAGAGCUCUAGCCAGACGCAUACACCAGCAGCAGCAGCAGCAGCAGCAGCAGCAGCAGCAGCAGCAGCAGCAGCAGGAUUGGGGGGAGUGUGGCAGCGCAUGCAGAGAUGGGUGUAUCGCUAGGUUUAUAAAAACAGAUCUGUGUUCUCCUGCUUCUCUUCGUGCUGCUGCUGCUGAAGUCAUAGACUUCUGCAACAGCAGCAGCAGCAGCAGCAGCAGCAGCAGCAGCAGCAGCAGCAGGAAGCAGAAAGGGUUGGAUGUGUUGAUACAUAAUGCAGGAGUGCUGCUAGCGCACGAGAUGCGGCUGGCAGGAGCACCAACAGCAGCAGCAACAGCAGCAGCAGCAGCAGCAGCAGCAACAGCAGGAGAGCAUGCACCAUCAUCCUCAGCAGCAGCAGCAGCAGCAGCAGCAGCAGCAGGAGCGGGAGAAGAAGAAGAAGCAACAGCAGGCGUAGAGUGCAUGUAUAUGACGCAUGUUGUUGGCCCCUAUAUGCUGACGCGGCUGCUGCAGCAAGCACUAGCAGCAGCAGCAGCAGCAAGAGUUAUAUUUAUUUCUUCUUUAGCUCACCACAAUAGUUUUGUAGGUUUUCAUCCUCUGCAUGCAAUGUGCAGCAGCAAAAGUUAUCGUGUUGCUGCUGCUGCUGCUGCAGAAACUGUUGCUGCUGCUACAAAACACGAACCGACAGCAGGGGAUACAGCAGCAGCAGCAGCAGCAGCAGCAGCAGCAGCAGCAGCAGCAGCAGCAGCAAAAGUUAAACCAUGGACCCCACAAACAUACGAUGGAAGACUUGCCUAUGGCAGCAGCAAACUAGCUGAGAUAUGGCUUGCUGCUGCGCUGCGGCGCGAGUUCAGCAGCAGCAGCAGCAGCAGCAGCAGCAGCAGCAGCAGCAGCAGCAGCAGGGGCAGUGGGGAUGGACCAGCAAUGGAUAAGUCUACGUGCAGGGAGGCGGCAGAUAGAGACAGAGAGAAAUGCACAAAAGAAAGGAGACAGAGAGAGAGAUAG